UUGGCCGCAAGGAAAGUUCGGUGCGCGCUGAUUGGAGGCGCGGUGCCUCUGAUCUGUAGUCUUCUCUUUCCUCUCGGCCGCCGGGUCCAAGUGAGGGCGAUGGGCGAGUGCCGGGCUCUGAGCAGGGCCGAAGCGCUGCAGCUGGCGCCGCCCGACUGGCAGCACGCUUGCCAUGCCCUCCUGUACGCGCCUUGCCCCGGACGCCUCUUCGGGAAGUUCCCGCUGCGUUUCGCAGCACUGAUGCAGAUGCGGUUCGAUGGGCGCCUGGGGUUUCCCGGUGGAUUUGUGGACCCGCAGGAUGUGUCCCUGGAGGAGGGUCUGAAUAGGGAGCUGCAUGAAGAGUUGGGCCCUGGCGCUGCCUCACUGCACGUGACUGAGGACCACUACUUGAGCUCCCAUGUGCCCGAGGGGCCACGGCGAGUCGUGACGCACUUCUACGCCAAGCCGCUUAGCCUGGAGGCGCUCCGGACCCUAGAAGACGGGGCCACUCAGGCAAAAGAACACGGCUUAGAGGUGAUGGGGCUCAUCCGUGUCCCCCUCUAUACCCUGCGCGAUGGCGUUGGGGGGCUCCCUGCUUUCCUUAGCAACACUUUCAUUGGCAAUUCCCGGGAGCAGCUGAUUCAUGCCCUGGAUACUCUUCAGCUCGUGCCAAGAGAGCAACUUCAGAAGGCAGUUACCAUGACUCAGAAGAGACCUUGAGUGUCAUUGGUUGUGGCUGCCACGUUCCAGCCUCUGACAGUUCUGUAACUGAAUUCCCCCAUGAACUUUGGACUCUUGAAUGGAGCAGAUGUAGCGGAGAAAUCCAAGAAUGUGGGAAGAGAGUGGCAAUGGAUGGCUCAGUUCUGGUGAAUCUAGCCCUGAAAAGGAUUUAAGCAUCCAGAUGCCUGUUUAAAAUAUUGGAGAUGGUAGGCAAGGGUUAAAAGAGUGAACCAUCUGAUCUUCUCUGUGUGUAGAUAUAUAAGACACACACACAUGGUUUCUUGCACUUGGAGAAUGGCACUACAAAUAACACACUGACUCAUCUGUGGUUUCUGUUUUUCCAUCUGUAAUUUCAAACCUCUGUCUCUGAGUUCCAGUAUUUGUAUAUCAUGGAAGUCGGGGUUUCCCUUCCCACAAAAGCCCAUUGCACACCCCUAUUGGUGUAUUAUUACUUUAUCAUUUCACAGCUGGAGUCCGCCUUUCUAAUCUUUUACUAGGCUUGAAGAAUGGCUUAAGACAUUUUGUGGCUCUUGACUCCUAUAAUAUUUUUAUUAGCUCAUAUGGAAGUGGUAAAUGGCCACUAGAGACAGUCAUUAUGUGUCUCCCUCCCACUGGUUUCUCUUUUUCCAAUUUUGAUGAUGUGCUGACAUGGGUGUAAGAAUUGUCAAUUAAAGACUAAGAAGCUGCCAUCAUUCAGUUCAUCAGCAAAUAAAUAGUUGCAUAAUUGGUUUUGCUGUAUAUGGGCCUUGGAAACACAAACUUCUCUGCUUGGAACAAAUUAUGCACACUUCAUGGCACCAGUGUGAUUUACUUUUUGUUAAACCUCUGGUUACAGAAUUCUGAAUACCUUGUUGAGGACUGGGAGUGGAGUGGAAAAGGAAUGGAAGAGCACAUAGAGAUAAGUGCUGUAUGUAUCCCAUAAUAAUAUCCAUGCAUCCAUAUGGCAGUGGGACAGAACUCAGCCUCUGGAAGGUCUCUGCUAUCACUUGUUUUUAGAAACAAGUUUGUAAAUCUUGUACUGAUGAGAAGGGGCUUACAAGUUUUCUUUUAAAAAAAUUAUUUUUAUUAAAGAUUUUCUUGGUUUACAAAA